AUGCUCCAGGCUUGUCAGCCUGGGGACCGAAGGCUGGCGUAUCCAGCGCUGGCAAUUAGAAGCUUCAGCCUCGAUCAGGACACCACUGUGGCCUUGAAGGCCCUGUCUGAAUCUGCAGCCCUCAUGAACACAGAAAGGACAAACCUCCAAGUGGCUGUGAUGGGGCCCAGCUCACCGAGUCCUGUGAAGUUUCUGAUUGACACACAGAACCGCUUUCUCCUCCAGACGGCAGAGCUUGCUAUGGUGCAGCCAAUGGCAGUUAAUAUUUCCACAAGUGGUUUUGGAUUUGCUAUUUGUCAGCUUAAUAUUAUUUAUAAUGUGAAAGAGUCUGGAUCUUCUAGAGUCUGAAAAUCAAUCCAAGAUCAAGAAGCCUUUGAUUUAGAUGUUGCUAUAAAAGAUAAUGAAGAUGAUAUCAAUCACUUGGAUUUGAAUGUGUGCACAAGGUUGGUAUCUAAGUCCCUCCUCUU